AUGUCGGUACAUGCCAAAUCAGGGGGCACAAUUGAGGUUAUGGGUAUGAUGACAGGCAAAAUUAUUAAGAACUCAAUAAUUGUUAUGGACGUCUAUCCAUUGCCAGUUGAAGGUACCGAGACCAGAGUUAAUGCUCAGGCAGAAGGCUAUGAGUAUAUGGUUCAGUAUUUAGAAAACCUGAAACAAGUAGGCAGAAACGAAAAUAUUGUUGGAUGGUAUCAUUCACAUCCUGGUUAUGGCUGUUGGUUAUCCGGAAUAGAUGUUGCAACACAAAGUUUGAACCAGAACUUCCAAGAUCCAUACCUAGCUAUAGUAAUUGAUCCUAUGAAAACAGAAGACCAAGGAAAAGUUGAAAUUGGGGCAUUCAGGGCGUUUCCUGAUAAUUACAAACCCCCUGAUUCAGUACCACCUACCAACACUACCAGAGGAGUUCCUCCAUCUAAACAAAAAGAUUUCGGUGUUCAUUCAGAUAAAUAUUAUUCAUUAGAUAUUCAAAUUUUCAAGUCUCGGUUGGACUCUGAAAUUUUAGACAUUAUAUCAAACAAAUCGUGGAUCAGUAAGUUGGUAAAAUCCGUCAAUACAGCGAAUCAUCAAGAGCAAAACAUGAUAGAGAAUGUAUUUAAGUUGAUCAACAAACUCCAAAAGAAGGAGAUAAAUCAAUUGAAUAGAUUUGAGAUCUCGUUCAUCAAAAAAUUUGACUUGAUCUUUGAAGAAAUAAUCAGCAAGAAGCUUAUGAACGACAACCGUUUCUACAGUACAAUAUCGCAAAGCUCUUUUAGUAGCUUUAGUAGACAUGGGAAUGAUGGUGAAUCUUCAAGCAACGAUGACAUGGAAGACGAAAGCGAUCUAGACGACAGGGACAAGGGCAGUACAGCUCUAGACAUUUCUGAUACCGGAAACGAUGAUGUGAUGUCGAUGGAAAGCUCUGUCAAUGUAUACACAGAUAAGAGAGGUGACGAAGAUGAUGAUGACGACGAUGACGACGAAGACGAAGAUGAUGAUAACGACAACUAUGACAAAAGGCCCAUGUACACGAACUACAGAUCAAAAACGAAUCUACCGAAGUCUCGUAAACUGGGUCCUUUACAGCAAGAACAUGUAAAGCUCCUGAAUAACGUAAAUAAAACCAUUGCAAACAUAUCUAGUCACAGCAAAGACAUAGGUCUUACUGAAUUACAAGACUUAAUAGCCCUAAAGACCAAAGAACUGAUCUUCCUAGGCAAGUAA